AUGGCCCUAUCAAUAUCCCGCAUUGUGAAUCGCAUCAAUGUUGCCUUGAAUGAUACCGUGUUGCGGGCAAACCGUACUCCUUCCUUGGCUAAUGACCUGAAGAAACAGAGCAUUAGGCUAAGGAAUCUCAAGGCCUUCGUUGUUGUUUCUGCAAGAAAGUUGAACAAAGAUGCCCGCGGCUUGGAAUCUCUAUUGGCGAGGAUUGAAGAUGUUGUUUCCAGAUAUGCCAAGAAAAUUCACCGUCCCUUUGACGCUUCAACUGCUUCCAUCUCAAUGCCUCGGCUUCGGAUCAUUUUCAAUGAGAUCCCCCGUCUGGAGGAAGAAAUUGAUGAUGAAGGAUGGUUCGUCGCUCCAGCAGAUCUCGCAGUGGAACAACAAUCAUCAUCGAGUUGUUUAACUGCAGAUGAGAUCCUGGAGAUCACUGAUUCCGUUCUUGGGAACCUGGUUGAUUUUCCUAUGAUUUUUUCCACUGGAGGAGCAACUUUGGUGAGUGCAAUGGAAGCCUUGUACACCCCGAUGAAGUUCCUGAGAAGCUUUCUCCUCUUUGCAGUGGAGGAAACUUGUGCGGAAAACAGGCAUAUAAAGGAUUUGUUGACCCACUUUGAAGCUGUUGCGAUCACUGCAGCACGUGUCUUCAUCAACAGCCCGAUAGAUGAUGAGUUGGAUGAAAGAUGGUGUCAAAGAAUGCAGUUCAAUUGCUCAAAUCUCUUCCCAAAAAUCAAGCCUAUGGAUCCUCAAGUCUGCCACACGUACACCAAAGCUCUGAGUAGCUUCAGAUCGUCCGGUCGAUUACGUGGUCAAGCGUGUCGGGAUUUCCUCGAUUCUCUCAUAUCCAUUCUCUGGGACAUCCUGCAAUCCGAUUCUGGAAGACCGUAUUUUAUGAAGGAUCCGCGACAAAUUCUGUAUGAAGGAUUAAGAUUCUUGAGGACCAUUCUGAAGCCAGAAGACGUCAAUGAGAAAAUCAGGGAUCGGAUUGGGGCUCUGGUGUGUGAUGCUGGAGUCUUAAUUUUCUCUUUUUUCCUGAAACCUGCAGAAAUCAAUCCUGCGCUUCAAGAGUUGAUCAGACGGAUUAAUUUGGUUCAAUCAGAAGCUGGAGAGACAGAUUGUGUUGUUGUUCCACAGACUGCAACAAUUGACUUAUUCACUACUUGUAACAUGGGCGUUGUUGAUUGCUUUAUAGCACGUCUUCGGGAUUUGCUGUUACCUGAUGAUGCUGCUGCUGGGCAAUUGUAUUGUACCAAGGAUCGACGGCAAGUUCUCACUGAAGGAUUCAGACUCUUUUUAACCACUCUGGAACAGCAGCCAGAAUGCGUUAAUGGAAGAAUCAUCAGGAGUGGAAUUGAGGCUCUGAUCUCUGAUGCCAGUGUGUUAAUGUGCUACUUUCACCAGACACAUGUAGACGUCAAUCCUGAUCUUCAAAACCUCCUUGUGGAAAUUAAGCUUUUUCUAGCAAAAGUUGAAGAAAAAGCUGAAUUCAACUUUCACAGGACUGAUGAGCAGGGUUUUGAUGAGAUUUUACAUGUGUUGGGUUAUCUCCAACAAUAUGAAUAUCUGAUGGAGCUGGAAAGUGAUGAUGUGGAUGCUCUCCGAGUCCAUCUCUCCCGCCUGGAAUAUUUCUUGAAGAACACCAACAAAUUUCUCAAUGACCGUGUUGAAGUCCAAGCUCUUCGGGGCCGUAUCUGGAAAGUGGCCUACAGAGUUGAAUUCCUAUUCAACCAGUUUGCUGUUGGAGAUAACUCAGAUUUCCUCUCAAUUUUAUGUGAUUCCAUCACCAAAGAAGUCAAGGGUAUCAGUAAUGAUGUGAAUAAAGAAGAAAUCAAGGAUAUCACUCUUGUUGAUCUUAACAAAAAAGAACCCGGAGUGGAGAGAGCCAUCCAGACACAGGUUUCCAUUGUAACAGACGAUUUUGUAGGGUUUACUAAUGAUUUCAAAAGCAUUGUUUCUCAACUUAAGGAAGAGAGAACCUACGAAUUGGAUAUGGUCUAUAUUUGUGGAGUGGCAGAUCCUGGAAAGACAACUUUAGCUUCUAAAGUAUACAACGAUCCGUCUGUUCAAGAAUAUUUUGAUGUUUGCGCAUGGUGUCCUGUUUCUCCUGGUAAACCCAUCCAGAAGUUAUUUUAUGAGCUCUCACUAGAAAUUAGUCCCGGAGGUCCUGUUGGGAAGCAUCCAUCAGAUUUCAGAGAGGUGAUCAAGAGACAUUUGAAGGCAAAAAGAUACCUGAUAGUCUUGGAUGAUGUCUGGGAGGAAGACACAUUGACGGUGUUAAGAGAUGUACUCCCUCCAGGAUUUCAAAGUAGAAUUCUCGUCACAAGUCGGCGAAAUGAUAUUUUUCCAAAAUGUUACCCCAAUAAAGUACCGCAUUCAAUUUCUCGACUGACGGAAGAAGAGUCUUUGGAGUUGCUGCAAAGGAAGUUAUUACAUGGAAAAGAUUGGUCUCCUGCAUUACGUCAGCUUGGGAUGCAAAUUGCAGGAUUUUGUGAGGGAUUGCCUCUUACACUUGUCAACGUGGCUGUCCUUUUAGCAAACAGCGAACAAGAGAGCUGGAAGGAAAUCGUGAAUGGUUUAUGUUCAGGCGGUAUAGCUAGUUUAGAACUGAGCAUAAAGUCAUGGGAACUGAGUUACAAGCAAUUACCGUGUCACUUGAAACCUUGCUUGCUAUAUUUUGGGGCAUUUCCAACAGACGAGGAGGUAUCUGUGAAGAGGUUGAUUCAACUCUGGAUAGCUGAAGGACUUGUUCGUGAAAGAGCAGCUAUGAGAAUAGAAGAUGUUGCGAAAGAAUACCUGAAGGAACUAAUUGGAAGAAGUUUAGUCAUUGUCGCUAAACAAGGAUCCACUGGUGGUGUCAAAACUUGCCGGAUCUCUGAUUCGGUGCAUGGGUUUUGUUUAAGGAAAAAAGCAAAGGAAGAAAACUUCUUCCAUCUCUUACAAGAUCAUGAACAGCUUCUUAAUUGUAACGAGCCACACCACCUUAAGAGAUUGUGCAUUUAUGAUCAUGGAGAUGGUUUUAAAGAGUCCAAGUUGUUUUGUCCUCGUGCAAGCUCUCUGCUGUUCUUUCCCUCUCGAAAGGAGUCACGUUAUGAACAACCCUGGCUUCCAGAGUCCUCCAUCACCCCCGUCUUCAGACGCCUCAAGGUUUUGGACUUGGAGCAAGGUUGUUUGGAUAACGAGUUUCCAAGUGGAUUAGAGCAUCUCAGCCAGUUGAGAUACAUGUCUAUUCGAGGUGAAAUACAAAUCAUUCCAGCAUCAAUCGAUAAGCUAUCAAACUUGGAAACUUUUAUUUUGCAUCUGAGAAGGGGAGAAUCAAAGGUUUCAUUACCACAUACUCUUUGGAACCUGAGGAAAUUGAAAUGGCUCUCCAUAAAAUCUGGUGGUGGGACUUUGCCCAUCGAAACUGUAGAGGACUCCUCUGUGUUGUUCGAGUUGGAAAGUUUUUCGGUUGCAGUUAUAUAUUCUCGUGAUAGCAUAGAGAAACAGUUGCUCAAGUUCCCCAACAUCCGCAGGUUGAAAUGCGACAUUUCCCGGCUGUUUUUGGAGAAUCCAAAGUUAGGUGAGAUUGUGAUUCCUGGCGCUUUGGAGAAACUACAAUCACUUCACUUGUUGCGGUCGGAUGUAGCAAUGAUGAAUCGAGGUGUAUUCGAUUUCCGGUUGCCAGAACACCUGAAAAAGCUGACAUUGUCGAGGCUAGCAUUACCCUGGGAGAAGAUUUCACCUAUUGGCAAACUACCACAUCUCAAGGUUCUCAAGCUACUUGAUUCCUGCUUCGUAGGGGGCAAGUGGAAUGUGGGAAAAGGUGACUUCAAAGGACUUGAAUUCUUGAAGUUGUCCAGGUUGGACAUUGACAGGUGGACAUCAGCUGCCGAUGGAGAUCAGUUUUGUAAAUUGGAGAAGUUGGUUCUGGAGCACUGCAGCAAGUUGCUAGAGCUUCCGGAUUGUUUGAAAAACUCUUUCGGCCUUAAGGUUGAUGUCAUUUAUUGUGCUGACACUUUAGAAAGCGAAGUGAACCGCAUUGGGGAAUUAAGCCUGGAGCACAUGAUAGAAUCAAGCAUUUGGGAAGUUGUGGGUGCUCUCUGCCUGAUUUGUUUGGGUGGUUUGGUUUUUCUCUUUACUUUUCCUUUGGUCUUUUUGUACCAGUUGUGGAGAGGACGUAUUUUAUGGAGGUGGGUCUACCAACGUUAAAGGUCCUGCUGCUCUGUAUUUACCAAUUUCAUGAUUUUGGAGCAUUUACUUCUUCGGUCAGAUUAACUGCAGGACGGGAGUCGAAAGAUUUGAUUAUUAUGAGAUACACUACAGAAGAUCGAUUUGGAGACCUGUGAAACCACUUUUGUAGCUAUACAUGUGUUUAUUUUACUGUCUUUUUUUAAUUUAUCUACCACGGAUCAUGUGAUUGAAAAAAUUUGUGUCACGCAAUGUGUAAUUUUUCCUAUAUUUGGUAAUUUCA